AGAAAUCAGCAUCACAUCAAGCCAUACUUUCACUAUAUAUUCCCCUGGUGAAAACCCCGUGGCUUUUGGUACGAUCCGAAAGAACAUUGCCGUAGUGGUGGGAUUGAGCCCUUUUGGUAUCACGUCAGACCGAGGCACCUACAGUUUCCGGAGGACUAAUUCCAGAGUACCAAGUAGCAUUCCAGAUAAGGCCCAGCUUCCUCUGUUCGUGACUCAAUUGUUUCUUUUUGUUUGUUUGUUUAUGUGCAUAAUAUCCCUCACAGCCGAGAAUUUUACAUGCCACCUCUUUCAAUUCACCUGAAAAUCCCUAUUGUUUGAAAAAUGACACCGUUCUGACACCGCCGUUAGCAACGUCAUACCCGAAAAAUAAGGCCCGGUAGCCGCGGUCUUGAUUACCUUGCAACAUGGCCUCUGCUCCCACACAUGAAAUGACUCCUGCCGAAGCAGAGUCAGUCUACUUCAACAAUUAUCCUCCGCCAAAAGCUCUCCCAAAACACGAGGCCCUCGCUCGAGCUUUCAUCAAUUACCAUGUCGAGGACAACAGGCGUCUCGUUCUCGUAACGUCGGGAGGCACAACGGUCCCUCUGGAGAACCAGACCGUUCGCUUCAUCGACAACUUCUCCGCCGGAACAAGAGGUGCCACGAGUGCCGAGUACUUCCUCGAAGCGGGAUACGCCGUGAUUUUCCUGCAUCGUCAAUUCAGUUUACUGCCCUAUUCUCGUCAUUACAGCCACUCGACCAAUUGCUUCCUAGACUUCAUGGACGAAGCGCCCCCCGCCAGUAACGCGGAAUCUGAUCACGGGCGUAUCGUGGUCCACAGCGAAUACCAGGACCAGAUGCGAGAUGUGUUGAGGAAAUAUCGGUAUGCGAAGAAACAUAACCGCUUGCUCCUGCUCCCGUUCACCACCGUAUCUGAAUAUCUGUUUGAAUUGCGAUCGUUGGCCACAUUGAUGAAACCCCUGGGGCCCAAUGCCCUCUUCUACCUCGCCGCGGCGGUUAGCGACUUCUUCAUCCCGAGCGAUCGGAUGUCAGAGCAUAAGAUCCAGUCCUCUGAGUUGCCUAAGAACUUGAACAACGAGGAAGCCAUUGACCCGUCAGACAUUUACACGGGCGGAAUCCCCCAGGAGACCCAGCCACCCACCCACAGCAAAAAGCUGAUCAUCGACUUGGACCCUGUGCCGAAAUUCUUGCAUCAGCUGGUGGACGGGUGGGCACCCGACGGAAGUAUGGUAGUCUCAUUCAAGCUCGAGACUGAUCCCAAUUUGCUUGUGUACAAAGCACGGACGGCACUCCAACGGUAUGCGCAUCAUCUGGUGAUAGGCAACCUGCUGUCGACACGGAAGUGGGAGGUGGUGUUUGUCACCCCUGAAGCCCCUUAUGAGCGCUGGAUUCGGGUACCAAAGUCUAAGCGCAGCAAGAGUAUUUCUGGAGCAGAAGAGCAGGUGGGACUGGCCGAGGCAAAGACAGCGGGGGGCGCAGCGGCCCCAAAGAACGGGGAAACCGGUGGGGACUAUGCACAGGGGCAAGACAGCAGCCACGAGGGCAUGGAGAUUGAAGCGCUGAUCAUCCCUGAGCUAGUCAAGCUGCACUCGAACAUGAUCGCGAAACAUGGUACCCAGGCUUAGUUGAUAUAGCCAUGUAUGUACCAUGUGCCUCCUGUACAGUAUGCACUGUACCUGCAUGGGGAGGUUUAAUCUAUUAGACUGAUAUCUUGCAUUAUUUUUCGUUCAUAAUUUAUGUCCAUUAUUUAAAGUAGGAACCAAGUUAAAUUAAUUUUGUCGAUAUGACGCCCUUCAGAU